AUGACGGACCUACCUUAUAGAAUGGCAGACGAAUCCAAGUAUGGCCGUGGCCACGACGACGACGACGAGGAGGAAGAGGAAGAGGUCGAUGACCAGACCGCCUACAAGACGCCCAAAGAUGCUGUUUUGUUCGCAAUCGACGUGAGUGAGAGCAUGCUCCGCAAGCCGGCAGAAUCGGAUUCCAAGAAGCCAGAUACUGCGCUCUCGCCUACUCUGGCUGCUCUGAAAUGCGCAUAUGCGUUGAUGCAACAGCGAAUCAUCAGCAGUCCAAGCGACAUGAUGGGCGUCUUGUUGUUUGGCACAGAAAAAAGCAAAUCCCAGGAUGGCGACGACGACUCUGGGCGUACUGGACUGCAGUAUCCGCAUUGCUACAUACUCACCGACUUGGACGUCCCAGCGGCGGCUGACGUGAAGCUGCUUCGCGCACUGGUCGAAGACGAAGAGGAAGCAGCGAAAUUGUUGCAGGCAAGCAAAGACGAAGUCAGCAUGGCCAACGUGUUAUUCUGUGCCAAUCAGAUCUUUACAUCCAAGGCACCCAAUUUCACAUCACGGCGUCUCUUCUUGGUGACAGACAACGACUUCCCUCAUGCCUCCAGCAGAAGCGACAGGAACAGCGCCACCGUUCGUGCAAAAGAUUUGUACGAUCUGGGCGUCACAAUUGAGCUCUUUCCUAUCUCGCAUCCCACUCAAGGUUACACAUUCGACCGGAGCAAAUUCUACAACGACAUCGUUUAUUCCUCGACACCUUCAGACCCAGAUGCUCCAGCGCCGCUCACCCAGGACAUCAAGUCUGCUAACUCUACUGCGAAGGACGGUAUCAGCUUGCUGCAGUCUUUGCUGUCCUCUGUGGCUUCUCGCGCGGCACCGCGUAGAGCUCUUUUCGGGAACAUGCCUUUCGAGAUCGGCCCAGGUCUCAAGAUCAGCAUCAAAGGCUACAACAUUUUGAUGCCGCAGGUGCCCAAGAAGACGACCAACAUUUAUCUACCACCCGAUGCGGAGAAGCCACAGAUUGCCGUCAUGAGUAGCACGCUUGUGGAGGAAGAGACAGCCCGUACAGUUGAAAAGGGCGAGCUUCGGAAAGCCUUCAAGUUCGGAGGCGAGACCAUCUCCUUCUCGGAAGAGGAGUUAAAGAAGAUUAAGAACUUCGGCGAUCCCGUGCUUCGGAUCAUCGGCUUCAAACCUCAGAGCAUGCUGCCUAUCUGGGCCUCAAUCAGUCGGUCAACAUUCAUCUAUCCUUCAGAGGAAGACUACGUGGGAUCGACACGUGUCUUCUCUGCUCUCCACCAGAAGCUCCUCAAAGACCAGAAAAUGGGUCUCGGCUGGUUCAUAGCCCGUCGAAAUGCGAAACCUCUCCUCGCAGCCAUCAUUCCCGGCUCCGAAGAACGCAGUGAGGAGGGCGAACAACAACUGCCGCCCGGCUUCUGGGUCCAUCCCCUGCCUUACGCCGACGACAUCCGAAGCCCACCAGACACAAGCGUCGUACAAGCACCCGACGACGUCGUAGACGCCAUGCGAUUCAUCAUUCAACAACUCCAGCUCCCCAAAGCAGCCUACGAUCCACACAAGUAUCCGAACCCUUCCCUGCAAUGGCACUAUCGCAUCUUGCAAGCCAUGGCGCUCGAGGAGGAAUUACCAGAGCAUCCCGACGACAAGACUCUCCCGCGCUGGAGACAGAUCGACAAGCGCGCCGGACAGUACGCCGUGGAAUGGGGCGAGAAACUCGACGCGGCUUUCGAUCAAUGGCAGGCGGAGAAUGCGGACAGAAUCAAGCCUGCAACCAACGGAUCUUCUUCCAAGCGCACCGCGGGCCCGGCUUCCUCUGCACCCCUGAAGAGCAGCAAAAAGUUCAAAGAUGAAGAUGACGAGGAUCUCGUCACGGAUGAAAAGAUGCGUGAUGCGUAUGCCAAGGAUCGAAUCAACAAGUUCAAGAAUGCGGACUUGAAGGCUUGGUUGCAGAGCAAGGGCAUCAAGAGUGGAGCGAAAAAGGCUGACAUGGUGGAUGCUGUCACUAGCUAUUUUGAGACGAAGAUGGAGGUAGAUUGA